UGGAUAGAUGGUUGGAGGCGUUAUCAGGCACACAGGACGCGCAGCUCUCGGAGACACCAAAACAUCUGGAUAAUAAGUCAGGCUUGGAAUUAAAAAAAAAAAACUCUCAUCAGUGGUGCCAGUUAACAGUUAUCUUUGAUCAUUUUCACUGGAAACUGUUCAAGAGGUGUGAAGAAUGCGUCGCACCUCAGCCUGGCUCGGCUGGACACUGUGUUUGUGCGCAUCUCUGGCCGUGUGCGCGCAGGAUUACACCGAGGACGACGAGAUGAUCCUGGAUCUGAUCCGCGAGGACGGAACUGAACCCGAAAACGGAGCCGAACCCGCAGCCGAGUUCCUCAGGUGCAACAAGGCGGCGUGGCGCAUGCCCGGUCAGUACCUUGUCAUGCUGCAUCAGGGGACGCACGACGCUCAAGUGCAGAGGACCAUCAGGAGGCUGCAAGCCAAAGCGGCCAGGAGAGGAUACCUGGUGGAGAUCCUGCAGACCUACAGCGGCGCGCUGCACGGCUUCCUGGUCAAGAUGAGCAGCGACGUCCUUCACCUGGCGGUGAAGCUCCCUCAUGUCCAGUACAUCGAGGAGGACUCAUCCAUCUUUGCUCAGAGCGCCCCCUGGAACCUGCAGAGGUUACUGCAGCCUCACGGUUUCAUCUCUGAAAAUGGAACAUACAAGCCUCCAAAUGAUGGAGGGAAGGCGGAGGUGUACCUGAUGGAUGGCAGCGUUCAGAGUUCUCACAGAGAGGUUGAAGGACGAGUGCUCAUCACAGAUUUCAAUAAUGUCCCCGAGGAGGAUGGAGUCAGAGUCCACCGACAGGCCAGUCAGUGCGACAGUCACGGCACACACAUGGCCGGUGUUGUGAGUGGAUCAGAUUCAGGUGUAGCUCGAGGUGCUGCCGUUAAUCUGGUUCGUGUUCUCAACUGUCAGGGGAAAGGGACGGUGUCUGGAGCUCUGGCAGGGUUGGAGUAUAUCCGAGCAACUUUACUGGCCCGUCCGGUGGAAGCAGUGGUCGUGUUGCUGCCUUUCAUCGGCGGCUUCAGUCGCUCGUUAAACGCUGCCUGUCGAGACAUGGUGGCUAAUGGAGCUGUGGUCAUCGCCGCUGCCGGCAAUUACAGAGAUGACGCCUGCCUCUACUCUCCUGCUUCGGAGCCUGAGGUGAUCACAGUGGGGGCAGUCAACUCAGCGGACCAGCUCAUGUCUCAGGGGGCAGGAGGCACCAACUUCGGCCGCUGCGUCGAUCUGUUCGCGCCCGGCGAUGACAUUGUUAGUGCCAGUAGUGACUGCAGCACCUGUUUCACCUCCCGCAGUGGAACCUCCCAGGCUGCUGCUCACGCUGCAGGUAUAGCUGCAGUGAUCCUGUCGUCCAAUCAGAUGGUGUCACCAGUGCAGGUCCUACACAUGAUGUUAGAUUAUUCUGUCAGCAACACAAUCAACUUUCUGUCUCUGUCUGAAACACACCGUCUCACCACUCCGAACCUGGUAGCAGCCAUGCCUUCUACCAACACCACAGCGUCAAAUGAGGAGCUCCUGUGUCGGUCAGUGUGGUCAGAGAGGUCGGGGGUCGCGAGCACCGACAAGGCUACCAGCCGCUGUCGUCAGGGGGAGGAGAUGAUGGGAUGCAGUAGCUACGCUCCCGAUGGCGUCCGUGUGGGAGAAACCAUCACUGUGAACGGCGGACGCAUGGAGUGUGUUGCCUACAACGGUCCGGCAGGUAAAGGUGUGUUUGCUGUGGCUCGCUGCUGUGUGAUUGGAGGUCUGAAGUGCCAGGUCCAUGCUAGUCCUGAACCGGGGCAAGACGCUCAGUGUGUCGAUCCGCUGCACCACCUGACCGGGUGCACAUCUCGGGCCGUGGCUGAGCUCCCGACCGACUCGCGUCCACGUCACGGCCACAGGAAUCACUGCGCGGUGAAAGACGGGGUCACGUCACACGCAGUUUGCUGCCACGCUCCGUCCCUCGAGUGCCACCUGUUGGAAAACAUCUCGGCUGACAGAGACCAGGUGGAGGUGUCUUGUCCUUCCGGCUGGACUCUGACAGACUGUAGCGCCAUCUCUCAGAGCUCUGCUGUUUUGGGACCAGUUGCUAAGGGCAACAGUUGUCGUGUACGCAGCGCCACCGGAGCGGCGAGGGCAGCGGGCAUCGCCGUCUGCUGUCGAGUCAGAGCGUCGGAGCAGCAAGCCACGACUCCUCACUGAUCCAGUCUCACGCCGCGGCAUCCCGAAAACAGCUCCGACACUUUGUCAUCUCUCAUCAACCUUAAUCUCCUUCAUAGUCAACAAAGCACUUCUGUAAAGCUGUCUGUGUUUCAGUUGUAGCAUUAGGUUGAAAUAUGCUCCAGUGCACAUAUUGUAUUGAUGCCUCCGACUUAGAAAUGUUGCCUCCUUGUUAGAUUAAAAAAACAAAAAAAAAAACAUCUGACAUACACACAUUUGUAAAAUGUAACCAAAUAUUUUUGUAUCUUUUUACUAAAUAAGUAUAAUAAAAAAGAGCUUUCAUGAACA